UUGCUGCGCGAGAGGAUAGUCUUCCUCAACACUCCCAUCAACGACCGGGUGGCCAAUACCAUCAUCGCCCAGUUGCUCUACCUUGAACGGGAGGACCCUGACCGCGACAUCAGCCUCUACAUCACCAGCCCGGGAGGGGUGAUUCGUUCCGGCCUGGCAAUCUAUGACACGAUGCAAUUGGUGGGUCCCGACGUAUCCACUAUAUGCUUGGGCAUGGCGGCCAGCAUGGGCUCGUUUCUACUUGCUGGCGGCGCCAAAGGCAAGCGAUACGCGCUGCCAAAUUCCACCAUCCACACCCACCAGGCGAUGGGUGGCGCUCAGGGUCAGGCAUCUGACAUUGAGAUUGCAGCCCGGGAAAUUAUCCGGUUGGAGCGCCAGCUCAACACCAUCUUGUCCGAAAACACCGGGCAGCCGUAUGACAAAGGUGGCCCAGGACUCCAACCGCGACUUUUAUCUCACCGCCGAGGCAGCCCUGGAAUACGGGUGGAUCGACGAGAUUCUCUCCUCCAAGAAGCCAGCGCAGGAAGCAGAGCAGAAGAGCGAGAGACUUUUCAAUGCCUGACACCCCAAGACAACGGACUUUUCGUCCCGCAAAGCAUUAUUCCCAUGGUCAUUGAGACCAGCCCCCGGGGUGAGCGGGCAUUUGAUAUCUACUCUCUCCUGCUGAAAGAGCGCAUCGUCUUUCUCAACACUCCGAUUAACGACCAGAUUGCCAACAUCGUGAUCGCCCAGUUGCUGUUCCUCGAGAGGGAGGAUCCGGACCGCGAUAUCAACCUAUACAUCAGCAGCCCCGGCGGCGUGGUUAGCGCCGGCCUCGCCAUCUACGACACGAUGCAGCUUAUUUCUCCCGACGUCUCCACCAUCUGCCUGGGAAUGGCGGCCAGCAUGGCCACUAUCCUGCUCUCUGGUGGAACCAAGGGAAAGCGCUACGCCCUUCCCAAUUCAACUAUCCACAUGCACCAGCCACUGGGCGGCGCCCAGGGCCAGGCGUCCGAUAUCGAGAUUGCCGCCCGGGAAAUUAUCCGUCUGCAGGAAAAGCUGCGCAUGAUGCUGGCAGAAAACACCGGGCAGACUUACGACAAGAUUGCCGCUGAUACCGACCGCGACUACUACCUGACCGCCGACCAGGCCACCGAAUACGGCCUCAUCGACGAAAUACUUGGCGCCAAGAAAGAGGCCUCGGAAGAGGCCAAGGAUAGCGAGUAG